GAAGGGAAAGUUCGAUGUGGCGCCAAACGACGCCAGCUAAGAAAGAUGCCUUCCAACGUGGAAAUCAAAGCAAAGGUCACGGAUUUUGAAACGUUUAAGAAAAAAGCAAAAGAACUCAGUGGAUCUGAAGGUAGCAUUUAAGGGAUAAUGAGAUGUUAUUUUCCCAUCUACCCUAUUUCUGCUACUUGAUUAUACACCCAACAUCGGUGCAACGACGGGCAUGCCAGCUGGUUGAGAUAAUUAGAGAUCACGAUCUGCACAAUUCAAAGGCUGAGAUGAAUAGUGGUAGCUAUCUAACGGAUAAAUCACUAUUUAGUGAUACGUGCCAAUAGGGAAACCAUUUUAAUAUUAUCCAGGCUUGUGGAUCUUGGAUAGCCUAGCAUUAUUUUUUCCACCCUUUUAUAUUGAACAACUAGAGCCAGAGCACUUUAACAGAUGUACAUGUAUUCAGAGUAUGAAGGAGUUGAUGUUUUGUGGCACUUUGAUGAGACAAGCGCAACUAGUUUGCAACUCACCCGACAGCCUACAAGACAAGACUGACCACCUAAACAAUAUUUUAAGGAAAAACAACUACAACGCGGACUUUGUUAGACGGAACACUCACAGUAGCGCCAAUUCCAACACUUGGACUAACAUUAGUUAUCUCUGCCCCUGUUAUGGCAGCAACUAUACUGUACGUCAGAGGCACCUCUGAAACGAUUGCAUAUAUACUACAGCCUUAAAACAUAUGCAUUACACACAUACUGAUGACCACUUUACGGCAACUGCUUAGUAAUGACAAGAACAAAGAUGGACCAGAGGACAAACAAGGAGCAGUAUACAAGAUCAAGGGCUGCGACUGCCAGACCACUGACAUUGGUGAGACUGGCGGAAACCUUAACACGCGACUCCCUGAACACAAGCAAGCAACAAGAAAUGGUCAGUGAUGUCUACAAUCACAUUGCUGAGCACCAUUUACAGACAAAACCUCAAAUUGACUGGCCAUAAUGCUUGUGACAUGCAUAACACAUUCUACAGACUACUACCAACAACACUUUAGAAAGCUGGUUUACUAACUUGGAACAAGGGCCACUGAAUCACAGUCAACAAUUACCAGCACCGUAAAAAAAAACCCUUAUUGAUGGACUCAAACAAAACUGACCACAACAGAAUAAUGGCUGAUUAUAACCAACCAUUUGACUAACAAUAAACAACUGUUCAACUGUAACAAAAAGGCAGAUGGAAAUGCUCCAACUGGCUUAACUGACAGACAACCAAUAACAUUGUGACUUAAUUGACCAGUCAUAUCAAUUACCAGAGUUUAAUACCAUCAACUGACAUGAUACAACUCACUUUGACUUUGAACCGACAGUUGAGCGAGGUGUCGAUGGAGUGUCGUUGACGGUGAUAUGUUGGUGAUCCGUUGGCAAAGUAAUGACUGACUAUUGGCACACUAUUGACCCAGUAUCAACCGAUGGGUUAUAGGGCCGACUAUCGGACAGAUACAGUGUAUCGACCAACACGUGGCCAAUACUCUACCAACACUCCACUGAGACUCGACUGACGCUUGGCUGAUGUAUUGACUGAUAAUGUCGACCGAUAUGUUGGUCAACACCACCUAUAAGACCGAGAUCCCUCUUUUACUUGCUUUGCUCCUUACUUGCUUGCUCUUCCAAGUGCUUGAUGAUUUCAUGUAUUAUGGUUCUUGUAAUCUGCAAGCUGAGGUGGAACUUACAGGUUUUACACUGUAGCUUAUCAGCAACUGUUUAAGCACUUAUUUCUUUGCCAUGGAAUUUUGCAGGAGAAGUUAUUGAACAGAAAGAUAUAUUUUUCAAUGUUCCUCAAGGAAGACUUAAGGUAAUCAGAGCUUUUGAUCAUUUGCUGUUAUAUUUUUUUAUUUGUUUCAGUUUAUUUAUUUGCCAGAGAAAAAGAAAAAAAAAAAAAAAUAUAUAUAUAUAUACAUACAUACAGACAUUCAAUAUAUUGCAAAAAUGGUUAGUUAUAGAUUAAAGAGAUGUAAAUUGUUAUUAAAAGAAUUAGAAGCUUUUUUCUGGUGAGGAAGCUCAAAUUGAAACCUUGUGGCUUAUUUUCUGAGCUCCCUCCCUAACCUAAGACUAAAUAAAAUUAAUAAAUAAGCAGUGAAAUCAUACUGAAAUAUAAUUGCAAUAAAAAGCAAGCAAAACAAAACAGACCAAACAGGCGAAAAGCAGCAAAAAACAAGUAUAUGUAUUAUUUAAGUAGCUUUAAAUAAUGUCUGUUUCCCAGUGUUAGAUAGAACCUUAUUAUUUUAAGUGACCAAUAUACUAAUCUAUCUCCAGAUAACCAUCCCACCAAAACUAAUCUUCCCCUUGUUUCCUUGCCAGUACCUACUCAGGGUCUGCACAGUCUUGAAAAGUUGUUGAAAAUCAAAAUGUAGUCAUUGAAAAGUCCUUGAAUUCCAGUUUUCCUUGAAAAGUCCUUAAAUUUUCUGUGCUAGUCCUUGAAAAUUCCUUGAAUUUUCUUCAACUUUGAACGUAGUGGCCUUAAUAUAUCAAUAAUCAUAGCCCACAGAAUUUUUAAGGUGAUUUGCAAAACACAUUUUGUAUGUAAUGAGAAUUAACUAUUAAUUUGAGACAAUUGAACUGAAAAAUGUAGAGAGUCUGGUGGAGCAAGUCUAACCCUUAUAAAAGUCCUGUUAGCUUGGACUGCUGGGAAUGAGUAUUUAUGUACGACUCUGUAACUUACAUUCGUGGUUGGUGGUCCUUGAAAAUCGAAUAUGCUCCUUGAAAAGUCCUUAAAAAAUGGUUACAAUUUUUUGUAUGAACCCUGUUACUGUAUGACUGCUUCUUCUGGCUUCAGCUCAGAUUUCUUCAAAACAAACCAUCUCAGCUUAUAUACUAUGAGAGAGAUGACAAGAGCGGGCCAAAGAUGUCAGACUACUUUAUCACCACUACAAAUGAACCUGAAGAUUUAGCAAAUGUUCUUUUACAAGCACUGGGCGAGAAAGGUAAGGUGAUAAGCAUGGGCAAUGACCUUUUUUGUUGUUUGUUAUUAAAAUGUUAAGAAUGAUAUGUUUGAAUGUGUGUUCCUUUCAAAGCAUCCACUCAUUAAUUUGCUUAACCGUGUGCUUUGUUCUUGCCUUUCCUUUAACACACUGUGAUACUACAAUGAAUAUUAUGCGCAAAAAAUAAUUUUUUGUGAAGUGGAGAAAAUAAGAUGGAAAAAAAGAAUGCAUGAACUCACCUUCAUCGUCAUACAGGGCUCGACGUUGCGACCUGUGGGGUCGCCAAUGCGACCAGCUUUUACUCAGUGGCGACUAAAUUUUCACACCUGGUCGCCAACCUGGCCACCAAGAUAGGUGACUUUCUUCUUUGGGUAAACGUACACUAAUGAUAAUCUGUUAUCCUUUACAAAACUAACGGAUAGCUAACGGUUUUGCUAACGCUCUAACGGUUUGUCUAAACAUUUUAACGAUUCGUCUAAACGCUUUAACCAUUUCUUUCAACACUCUAAUCUACGUUUACUUGAAAGAGGAUUGUGAAAUGAAUGAAUUCGACGAAAGACUUACCGACUUUCGGGCAAAUCGAUCGCAAUUCUUAACAGAUCGUCCCGUGUUUCUCCGGGAAUGACUUUUAGCGCAUCGAUAUUUAAAACAAUUUCUUUUUGCCCAACAUGUAUCUCGAUUGCGGACUCGAUAGCCGAUUAGUCUGAUAAAAGCUAAAGCUAAUCGAAGCUAAUCGAGAACGAACAGCGCUUACUCGAACUUCGCAAUUCUUGUAAACAAAUUUCUGUUGAGCGUGGCGACCCAAAUAAAAGCUCUGCCGUAUUUUAUUGACUUCUAAUGAAGUACCGUUGAACUCAUGCUGUUUGUCUAACAGACUUCUCGCGAAAUCAACUUCAUUGCCCGAAAACAUUAGCGACGUUUCCUCUUUCUGGAGACUUUUGAUCACGCGUUAGGCAAUCGCGAAAUAGAUGAAGUUUCACCGAUGUUCAUUUCUGAACGUGCAAAUACAUGGGACGCAAAACAAAUUUUGCAGAUUUUGUUCUUUAAUAUCCCAAAUAAGUUUUUUUAAGAUUCCUUAAGUUUGUUUUUCUUAAUGUGUAUUCCAUUUCCUGAACCUUAAGCUUGAAUACUUUAUAAUAUAUAAUUUUUGGCGACUAGAAUACUUGUUCUGGCGACCAACAAUGAAAACAUGGGGGCCUGUUGGCCCCAAGAUUUUUUUCUGAAAGUCGAGCACUGUCAUAAGAAAUUGACCAAGCUGUUAUUAGUAACACUUAUCUUCUUCGUCAUGACAUCAUUAUUGUUUUUGUCAUCAUCAUCAUCAUCAACAUUAGGAUUAUUACAUAUUUUGGUGACAAUUAAAUUCAACUUAUUAAGGUAUUGUUAAGAAAAAACGAUUGCUGCACCUUGUGGGACAGACUAGGAUACACUGUGAUGAGGUUGAAGGCCUGGGACAUUUUAUGGAAUUAGAGGUUUGUUUUGAUUUUGUUUUUCCCCUCAGUGGAGUAUUUUGUUUUUUACUUGAACUGUAUUUGACUUUGAAUAGAAGACUUCCAGGCCCCGGUUGUUCAAACGUUGGAUAGCGCUAUCCACCGGAUAAAUCACUAUCCAUUGGAUAAGUAUUAGGGAAACCAAUUGCAAUUUUUAUCCAGUGGAUAGCGCUAUCCAAGGUUUGAACAACCAGGGCCUGGAGAAAAGGAAACUUGGUUGCAUUCAUUCAGGCUAGAAGGUUUGAAAAGUUAGACUGUAAAUUUCAGUGUUAGACUUUCAAAGGGAAGUAAUUUUUUGCUUGAAUUAUUGUGAGGUUUGAGAAACCAUGGGUUCAAGAACAACAUAUUUUAGUAUAAAUUAUUUGAUAAUAAAAGCAUAUUUUGCAAUGAUUAGGUCACUGGUGUGAUUCUAGUUAAUACAAUGCUUAUUUAUAAACCUCAACUUUUGUCUUAUUAGGCUUAUUACCUUAUGAUGACUAUACAUUUUUAUGUUCAUUUUCACCAAAAAAAAAAUGAAGUUUAGCCCCUUUUUGCUAAUGCCUUUUGCCACCGUUGUUUGAAGUUUACAGAUCUAUGCAAUGGUCAGUAAAUUUCACUGGAUUCUUUGGUAAUUAUUAGGUUGUAAUGAAAGAAAACCAAAGUGCCUUGGAAGGUGAAGAGAUUGCCAAAGACUUGAUGUUCAAGUUAGGAGUUGAAGACAAAGAUCUUAUCAAGGGGGCAUAUAUAGACUUGCUUAGUUCAAAAGACGCUUAAGACAGGCUGUUUAUGGAAGGCCACAGUGUUACACUGAUGUCUGACUCUGCAUUCAUGCGGAUUGUAGAACUAUGAAGCAGUCAGCAGGGGCGGAUCCAGCAUUUUUUUUAGGAGGGGGUGCACUCGUCUCUUGCUCUACUUCAGCACCAGUUAACCACAUAUAUAUAUGUAUAUAUAUAUUUUUUUUUUGCAGAAUACCAGUUGUAUUAGAAAACUGCAGGUCAUCUCAUGGGGAGGGGGGUGGGCACCCCCUGCACCCUCCCCCUAGAUCCACCCCUGGCACUCAGCCAGUCAGAACUUGAUAAAGGGAUAAACUCUAAGAAAGUUCACAACUUUGUCCUGGUAGAUUCUCACAAGGCUCAUUUUAUUGAGCAAAACUGUAGGCUAUCUUUAAAUCUAUUGGUAGAAGCCUAGGUGGCUUGUAAAAAGUUCAUGGAGCGUCCGAAAUGAAAGGUUUUUGUAAGCAAAAGGUCUUUAUGCCAAUGUUUUUAUUUUUUGGGGGGGUUUAACUUCAAAGACUUCAUGGAAGUUUUGCUGGUGUGUAGAAUGCGACUGAAAUUUGAUAUUUUUUGAAAGUGAUACCGAAAACAGAUUGUUUGAACAUUGAAAAGGAAAAUGUGGUAUAUUUGAAAUUAAAGAGAAAUUUUCGAUAAAGGAAAUAAAAAUUGAGUGUACAAAAAGAGGCAAAAUCAAAG